AUGAUCGCAGCAUCACUUAAGAGGCACAUAUCUAGCAGCCUUGCUGCUGCUGCUGCUGCACGCAGCAGCAGCAGCAGCAGCACCCACCGUACAGCUUGCUUUUCCACCGCUGCUGCUGCAGCAUCAGGACCGACAGUUUCAAAGAUUGGUGGUUAUGAGGUAAAGACGCACACGUAUGAUGCUGUUGUUGUGGGUGCGGGGGGCGCCGGCCUUCGGGCGGCAUUUGGGCUGGCCUCGCAAGGUCUACGAACAGCAUGCAUUAGCAAACUCUUCCCGACUCGUUCGCAUACAGUCGCUGCGCAGGGCGGCAUCAACGCGGCCCUCGGUAACAUGUGCGAGGAUGACUGGCGGUGGCAUGCCUUCGACACCAUUAAAGGAUCGGAUUGGCUAGGCGACCAGGCAAGCGAGAGGCCGGGGCACGCGAUGCUGCACACUUUAUACGGACGGGCUUUAUCUUUUUCGUGCAACUUCUUUGUUGAAUACUUCGCGCUGGAUCUCCUUAUGGAGGCACCGACAGCAGCAGGAGGGGCCCCUCGCUGUGUUGGUGUUAUUGCGAUGUGUUUAGAAGACGGCUCUAUUCAUAGAUUCGCUACAAACCAUACAGUCCUAGCCACUGGAGGGUACGGGCGGGCUUACCAGAGCUGCACUUCUGCACACACUUGCACUGGAGACGGAGGUGCAAUGGCUGCGCGCGCAGGCGUUGGUUUGCAAGACUUAGAGUUUGUUCAAUUUCAUCCUACAGGCAUCUUCCCUGCGGGGAGAGGGUGCGGGCCUAAGAAGGACCACUGUCACCUCGACUUGACGCAUUUACCUCCGGAGACACUUCACUCGCGUUUACCAGGCAUCAUGGAGACAGCCAAAAUAUUUGCAGAAGCAGCAGCAACAGCAGCAGCAGCAGCAACAGCAGCAGCAGCAGCAACAGCAGCAACAGCAGUAAUAACAGCAGCAACAACAGCUGCAGAAUUACCAACAGCAGCAGCAACAGCAGCAACAACAAAAAACAAUAACAACAUCAACAGCAGCAGCAACAGCAGAAACAGCAUCAGCAGCAGCGACAGCAACAACAGCAACAGCAGCAGCAGCAGCAGCAUCUGGUGGAACACCGACCUUGUGGAGACGAUGGAGCUUGAGAAUCUCCUUACCCAGGCCAUGUUAACUGUUGUCAGUGCGGAGGCCCGCAAAGAAAGCAGAGGAGCGCAUGCAAGGGAAGACUUCAAGGAGCGCAACGAUGAGGAGUGGAUGGUGCACACGUUGUCCUUUCAAAAGGGCAGAGAUGUAGAGAAUGCGCAG